AAACGAGGAAGUCUGCGACUGGAAGCCACAGCAGCCACCCCAUGGCAGAAUCGCUUCCUGCAUAUCCGUAAGCUAUCCUUUUCCAUCCCUCCCAUGCCUUCUCAACUCCAUAUAUAAAUCCAUCCUCCGUCACCUCCCUUUCUUCCACACACCGCCUUCUCUUUAGCCAAAUAAGAAGCAAACAGCACUGCCGCGACUCCAUGUCUCUGCGCCCCUCGGCUCCCAGGACCUGCCGCCUCUUCUGGUGCUACCAGUGUCACCGCGCCGUCCGCAUCAUCUGCUCCCCGGCCGCCGACGUCCUCUGCCCCCGCUGCUACGGCCGCUUCCUGCACGAGAUCGACUUGCCCCGCCCCCGCCUCGUUGUCGAGCUCACCCCCGUCCGCCCCCUCCGCGACCACCCUCUCUUCCCCCCGCCCGCAUGGCGCCGCUACGCCGAGCUCGACCGUGUCCGGCAGCUGGACUCCGACGACGGCCGCCGCAACCCCUCCGGUUCUUGGAUCGUCUUCAGGAGGACCACGGAUGACCGCCCCGUCGACCCUGGCCCUCGGCGUCCCCUGACCCCCGCUCCUCCUCGCCGAGAAGAGCCGUCGAUUCCUGCGGCGGUGCGCCCGGCUGACUACUACACCGGUCCUAAUUUGAACGAGCUGAUCAAUGAGCUCACCCAGAACGACCGCCCGGGGCCACCGCCCGCGCCGGCUCCGGCUAUCGAGGCAAUGCCGACUGUCUCCAUAACGGAGGCCCACCUGACCGACGGCUCGCAGUGCCCGGUCUGUAAGGAGGAGUUCAGCCUCGGCGAGGAAGCGAGGGAGAUGCCCUGCAAUCAUGUUUACCAUUCCGAAUGCAUCGUUCCAUGGCUCAGCAUGCACAAUUCGUGCCCGGUAUGCCGGUUUCAGCUGCCGGGUGCGGGGAACGGCGGCGGGCAGGAGAACAGAGCUAGUGGCAGCUCGAACACAGGCAGUGGUCGGAGCCGCCGACAGGACCGAUGGAACCCCUUCUUCCAGCUGUGGCCCUUUCGAGAGUCUUUGCACACCGGGGACUACCAGUACCGGGGACUCGAGGAGCACGAAGACAUUUUUAGUAGCCCUGGUGCCUUCUAUUCAUGGUGGCGCUCUUUAUUUCUUCUCUAGCAGUUCUUCUAGUGGUGGAGUCAUUCUCAAAAGGCCAAAGGGAGGCCUGCUUAGUGGACAAAGGCAAGCAAAUGAUGAAGGUAAUAUGGCUGUGCAGUCGUCAAACGAAGGCUGGGAAUGCUGAUCCCAGAUCAUAUCCAUUGAAGCUUCACGGAAGAAGAAAUAUUGAGCAGAUAUUUUUACGAAGAAAGAACACAGCUACACAUCUUUAUGUAAUCAUCUGCUAUGUACAAGGUUAAUUCAUCGACAUAAGACCUCAAAAAAUAGUGGUCAAGGUGUAUCUCUUUCAAUGACCUGAAUGGCUUAUAAUUGUGAUUAAACAUUAUAUAUUGAUCUUAAAGGGAUCCAUUUAUCA